UAACGUUUAUUCUGAUUUUAAACGUUUACCGCAGUAAUAUUGUGUAUAAGUAAAGCUAUAAGAUCACGUUUGCUGAUGGUGUGAAAUAGUCUGUCAUUGUGAGUAGUUUUAUCAUGGACGACGGUAAUCAGAGCUCUGACAGCGGGAGAUGUGUUGACCCAUCAUCCCUGGUUUCAGAAGAUGGGAAAAAUAUGAAGUCAGUGGUUUGCCAACGUUGUGCAUCAAAAGUCCUCUGUCCAGGCAUGGCUGUAUUAGCAGAAAAGGAGCUCUUUCUGCCUUCAAUGAGAAAGAAAAACACUAUCACCCAGACUGAUGGGACUGUGGACGGGGACAUGUUAACAGCUCACUGGAUGGUGGAUGAUAUGUACACCUUUGAGAAUGUUGGAUUCACCAAAGACGUAGGCAAUGUAAAGUAUCUUAUCUGUGCCGAUUGUGAGAUUGGACCCAUUGGCUGGCAUAGUCUUGAUGACAAAAAGAGUUUCUAUGUAGCCUUGGAUAGAGUUGAUCAUGUAUAGUCUGUCUGAGAUUGUUUUUGUGUAAAAUUGUACUAGACACCUAAAUGCUUGUUGUCUUCUUUUGAACAUCCCUCUUUAAUCGUCAGGACACUGGGAGUGGUGUUGAAUAUUUGGUUAACCAUUUUAGAUGUCUGUUUGUUUUGUAAUGUUGAUUCAAUUUUAUAUUAAACAUACUUUAUUGUUAAUAUGGUGUCAGUUAAAAUGUCAUUAAUGAACUUCACACAGCAGUGUGGCUUGUUUACUUGACUGACUGUAUGUUACUGCUAAUAUUGCCCUUAGCGGACAGAAAUAAAAAGUUCAGGCUACCACCA